ACUGUCGGAUAAAGUUGUAGGGGAGGGUGCUGCCCGGAUUUCUCCAUCACAGAGGGCAGACAGACCCAGUCUGGAGCUCAGAAUCCCCAUCCAGAAUGACUGGAAAGUGCAGGACCAGGGAAGGAAAUUAUAACAGUGAACAGUCUAAUCUUUCCGCCCCCGGUGGACUCUGGCCUCCGAGGCUGUGAGUGUCACAGAGUGGGGAGAGGGUAGGGGCCACCAUGUCAUCCUAUCAAAAGGAACUGGAGAAAUACAGAGACAUAGAUGAAGAUGAAAUCCUAAGGACCUUGAGCCCUGAGGAGCUAGAACAGCUGGACUGUGAGCUACAGGAAAUGGACCCUGAGAAUAUGCUCCUGCCAGCUGGACUGAGACAGCGUGACCAGACAAAGAAGAGUCCAACAGGGCCACUAGACCGAGAUGCCCUGCUGCAGUACCUGGAGCAACAGGCACUAGAAGUCAAGGAGCGUGAUGACUUGGUGCCCUUCACUGGCGAGAAGAAGGGCAAGCCCUAUAUUCAGCCCAAGAGAGAAAUCCCAGCAGAGGAACAGAUCACGCUGGAGCCCGAGCUGGAGGAGGCACUGUCCCAUGCUACAGAUGCCGAGAUGUGUGACAUUGCAGCAAUCCUGGGCAUGUACACACUGAUGAGCAACAAGCAAUACUACGAUGCCAUCUGCAGUGGGGAAAUCUGCAACACUGAAGGCAUCAGCAGUGUGGUACAGCCCGACAAGUAUAAGCCAGUACCAGAUGAACCCCCGAACCCCACAAACAUCGAGGAGAUGCUAAAGAGAGUGCGAAGCAAUGACAAGGAGCUGGAGGACGUGAACCUCAAUAACAUGCAGGACAUCCCGGUACCUGUGCUAAGUGACUUAUGUGAAGCAAUGAAGACUAAUACCUAUGUCCGGAGCUUCAGUCUGGUGGCCACAAAGAGUGGUGACCCCAUCGCCAAUGCGGUGGCUGACAUGUUGCGUGAGAACCGUAGUCUCCAGAGCCUGAACAUUGAGUCCAACUUCAUCAGCAGCACAGGGCUCAUGGCUGUUCUGAGGGCAGUUCGGGAAAACGCCACUCUCACCGAGCUCCGUGUAGAUAACCAGCGCCAGUGGCCUGGUGAUGCCGUGGAGAUGGAAAUGGCCACUGUGCUAGAGCAGUGUCCCUCCAUUGUCCGCUUUGGGUACCACUUUACACAACAAGGACCACGAGCUCGGGCAGCCCAGGCCAUGACGCGGAACAAUGAGCUCCGCCGCCAGCAAAAGAAGAGAUAACAUCACCAGUCCUUUACCAGCAAGAGACAGAGGCCUGGACACACAAAUCCUCAUCUCUCCCAUUUCCUGUAAAUAAAAUCCCUUUUGUUCA